GUAGUACUUGUUCUUUGUCAUCGCCAACUUGAGAGAGAGGGAGAGAGAUGGGUGCAUUAACAACAUAUUUGAUGAUGGUUGGAGCGUGGUCAAUAGUUUUGAUGGGUAGUUGGAUCAAUGGCUCGGAUGCGUUGAAGGAGGAAGCUGCCGGAACUGUAUAUGUGGGUGGCAAAGUUCUGUGUCAAGACUGCACCCAGGGCUGGAAUGAAUGGAUCCAUGGUGCCAAACCCAUCAAAGGUUGUAUGGUUUCCAUCACGUGCAUGGAUGGGGGAAGAGUUGCAUAUUACGGAAGCGACGAGACAGAUGAAGGCGAAGCCUUUGAGAUGAGUUUGAAAAAGAGCAUCAAUGGCAAGCCAUUGGACCUCAAGAAAUGCUCGGUGAGGCUGGUCUCCUCGCCGGACCCCGUCUGCAACAUCCCCACAGACUUCGCCGGCGGCCGCUCCGGCGUCUGGCUGCGGCGGCCCACUGUGGUGUACCGGGACCUGAUCAAGCACGUGCUCGGUCCCUUCUACUACACAACUCCCAUGUGUGAAGAACCAGACACCAACCAGGGAUUCCGAUGAUGACAACUACAGAUCAGAAAGAAAUUACUGAGAUUAAAACCAGUUUUCUUGAUUUAUUUUUUUGGGUUUAAUCAAUUGUUGUUUUGGUAUUGGUGAUGAUCUUGUUUGUUUGUUCAAAUGAAAUGGGCUUCCAUUCAAUAAGCAAAUGGUCUUUGCUUGGUUAACUA